AUGAAAAGUCCAAAAUCAACACUUAUUGGAAGUAAACAAAAGAUCCUAAGGUUAUUCACAAAGAAUUCAAAUGAAGAUCAAAGAAACAACAGAGGAAUAAAUAAUAAUGGUAGUAGUGAUAGUAAUAAUUGUAGACGAUCUAUUGCUAUAUCUUCGUCAUCAUCAUCUAUCAAUUUCAAUAUUAAUUGUAACAAUAUUGUAGCAAGAUCUAAAGCUGUGAGCACUACCAUCACCGCAACCACUGCUACAAAAAAACUAUCAUUAACCAAUAUUACUUCUAUUAAUAAUAUUACCACAACCAUAAAUAAUAAUAGUAUCACCAUGACCACAUAUAAUAAAAAGGAUAAUAUUCUGGAUGAUGUAGAUGAAGGAUUCUAUACAUUAGAUGAAAAGGCUCCAAAAAUUGGUAAAAAAAUCAAUGUUAAUAAUAAUUUUAUGCUUUGA